UGGAGUUCAGAAUUUCGAGAACUCAAAUUGAUUUAUUAGAAACUGCAAGGAAAGCAGCAGACGAGCUCUUAAAAGGAAAUUUUUUCCAGAUAAACUCUGUCCUGCUGUCCUUCAGGAAUCAUUCAUCAUGCCAACUCUGAUUGAGUUGCUGAUAAUUCUGAUCUCAACCUUGGCCCUGCUGAAGGCUAUCUCUCUCUACCGAUCACACAAGUCCAAAGACCACCGCGAUGUGCCUGAAGCCAAAGGUGGUUGGCCUAUUUUCGGUCACCUUCCUCUGUUCGGCAGCAACGACCUGAUGCACAAAAAGUUGGGAUCCAUGGCCGACAAGUGUGGACCAAUUUUCGCCAUAAGAUUAGGCUCUCAUCGAGCAAUCGUCGUGAGCAGUUGGGAAGUGGCUAAGGAGUGCCUCACCGUCCAUGACAAGGUCUUCGCUGAUCGGCCAGUGAUCACCGCCACGAGGCUCCUGGGCUACAACGGUGCCAUGUUCGGUUUUGGUCCUUAUGGAGAACACUGGCGAGAGAUGCGCAGGAUUGCGAUGACUGAGCUCCUCUCGAACAACCGGCUUGACUCACUGAAGCACAUACGAGUUUUUGAGGUUGAGACAGCAAUUAAAGACUUGUUCAAGGCCUGGAUCGAAAAGGGUGAGCCCAGAAGUGGGGUCUUGGUGGAAAUAAAGUCUUGGCUUGCAGACCUGAUGCUCAAUAUAUCGGUGAAGAUGGUAGGAGGGAAGAGAUAUAGUGGUUCAAACGCGGACUGUGAUGACGCCGAGGCAGAUAGGUGCAAAAGGUCGAUCAGGAGGUUUUUUCAUCUGUUCGGGGUCCUCGUGUUGUCAGAUGCGAUCCCAGCUCUCAGCUGGUUGGAUUUAGGUGGCUAUGAACGAUCGAUGAAGGAGACAGCAAAAGAGUUGGAUGUCUUGGCUCAGGGGUGGCUAGAGGAGCAUAGAAGGAAGAGGUUGUCCUGCCCCGAAGGUGAUAGAGAGCAAGAUUUCAUGGAUUUGAUGAUCAACGCCCUCGAAGGUGGGAAUUUUUCAGAUUUCGACGCGGAUAGAGAUAUAAAGGCAACUUGCUUGAACAUGAUACUCGGGGGGACCGAUACUUUGACAGUGGCGAUGACCUGGGCACUGUCGCUGCUAAUGAACAACCGGGCCGCGUUGAAGAAGGCGCAACAAGAGCUGGACACCCACGUCGGCAAGAGUAGGCCCGUUGAAGAGUCCGAUGUGAAGAACUUGACCUACCUCCAAGCCAUCGUCAAGGAAGCAAUGCGUUUGUAUCCACCAGUGCCAAUAAGCGGUCUUAGAAGGUCCAUGGAAGAGUGCACCUUGUCCACUGGCUUCCGGUUCCGGCAGCUUCACUCCUCAAGAUCUGUGUAA